CCACCAGUUUUGUGGGUAUUGUCGAUCUUACGGAUCUGACAUCUGGGUCUGAGGUCGGUGCCAAAAAUGGCGAAUAAACGGAAGGUAGCAUGCGUCGAAAGCAUGACACAGAUCGAUAAAAUGGAAUUGAAGAGUGAUGGCACGGAAAUAGCUGCUAAAUUGGAAGGAAAUGAAAGUGCUGUCAAGUCACAGAUCUCCAUUCAGGACAAUCCCCCUGCCAAACGUUCUCGGUCCGCGGACUCUCUCUCAGACGUCAAAGUUGCAACAGCAAGCACAAGCGCAGUAGCAUCUAGCACGAUGAUGGACGGCCAGCUUCAUGUGGUGGUCAACUCAACGUCUGAAGCUACACAGCAGCCUAUAGGCACUGCCCUUCCGAUUCACCCUUUUUUUGCCAAACACUCUACAACCACCGCUGUUGCAACAAACGCCGUCCUGUCAAACCUCCCAGCAGUCAAAUGGACACAUACCUCGAGUGUGCUUGUCGCAACCUAUCUUUCCCAGCCGCAAACCAGUCGGAUCGCGUCAUUCGAUUUUGAUGGGACUAUUGUAAAAGUCCGCGGCAACCACGUCCAUGCUAAAAACGCAGAUGACUGGACUUUCUUUCAUCCUUCAGUACCAGACCGACUGAUAUCCCUGCACAAUCAAGAAGGCUAUCGUAUUGUAAUUUUCUCCAAUCAGAAGGGUAUUGAAGGCAAUGACACACGCAGCAAAAAUCGAAAAGCUUCGUUUAUGGGACGCGUCGAGAAUGUCAUCAAUGCUGUCCGGAAGAAGGCAGAAAAAGAGGGUGUGCCUGUUCCCCCAAUUCUGGUGUUCGCGGCUACGGGCGAUGACUGGAAUCGUAAACCUCGACCGGGAAUGUGGGAGAAAUUUGAACGUGACUGGACUGCUGGGGUGGUGGUGGAGAAAGAUAAGAGCUUUUAUGUCGGGGAUGCAGCGGGAAGGCAUGCUGGGCAUAAACCUGGAGCUAGCAAAGAUUUUGCGGACACUGAUCACAAAUUCGCGUUGAAUGUCGGAUUCCCCUUCUUAACUCCCGAAGCCUUUUGGCAUAGUCGCACAACCACAAUACCAUCUCCAGACCGGCAAGACAUCCCUCGCUCACACCAUGCACCACAUCCCACCUUUGAUCCUCGUCGAUACCUACGUGACGACCCAACUACCAGCGCCAACGUGCCACCUACUCUCCCUCCGGCCUCGACCCAACCAGAACUGAUACUUUUCGUUGGAUCUCCCGCAUCUGGCAAAUCCUCUUUUGCAAGACGUCAUCUUCUUCCGCACAAUUAUGUUCACGUCAAUCAAGACACAUUGAAAUCUAGAGACCGAUGCAUAAAGGCAUCAGAAGCUGCUCUUCAACAAAACAAGAGCGUAGUGAUUGACAAUACAAAUCCUGACCGGAGCACGCGACGGUUGUAUAUGAAUGUUGCACAACGGGUAGGUACCAAGCUAGGCAGGGAGAUACCGGUACGAUGCUUUUGGUUUCUUGCGGAUGAAGCCGUUUGUAUGCACAACAAUGUAUACAGAGAGGUGAUGUCACGGAUGGGGAGGGAUGGACAUUGGGAAGAGCCAGUGCGCGCUAGUAGCACAUCGAGUAAAAACAAACCAGAGUCCAAACCGGGACAAGGCUUGAAUGGUGUUACUGUACGACUGCCGAUAAUAGCUUUCCGAAAUUUCACAGCAAGGUUUGAACCGCCGGGUGAAGAUGAAGGAUUUGCGGAAAUCCGUAAAAUUGAGUUUAUACCAGAAUUUGACAGUGACGAGGAAAGGAAGAGGUGGCAAAUCUUUUACGUAUAGUUGUAUUUUGCGUUUCUAAAGUGGAGCAUUUUGUUAGCAAACGAACGCUCUAGCUUCGUUAUUGGUAUGUAGACUAUUGAAUCUUAUUAUGAAAUUAUGCAAUUAUCCUUCUUUCCAAUCAUAUGUGGUGGUCGUGCACUUGUCACUCGUCUA